ACCCACCAUUGUAAAGGGAGGGAGAACAUCAAGUAAUACUACACUUAAUAAAAGAAUAUUAUUGAGUGAUUAUAUCUUUCUGAUCCAAAUAACGUUCUUGGUCCGCCAUCUGAUCGGGUUAAUCCCAUCAUUGGUGCUUUCAUUGAGAGUAACUGUGAGAUAAGGCUGUGAAAUUAUGGCCGGACGAAGGACGAGACGUAAUGCCGCCGCUUCUGCCCAGUCGACAGUGAGGAGUGACAAUCCUGAACAGGGUAUGAUCGUCCCUUUCAAUGGGUUGGAAACGGAGCUUCAUGAUCCGGAGGAGGUUGAGAGGGAGAGACAGGCCGUCGCUAGACGCCACGCGGAGGAGUUGGCCCGGAAUAGUAAGGUGAAUGGAGACUGGGCUGCAAGCCAAGCUAUCGGCAAUAGAAACGAAAACCCGCGGGGAACUGUCUUUGAAAGGAUAUCUCGCCAGAAGGCUCACGUUAGUGAGAGGCUGGGGAAGAAUCCGGACAAAGCACCCCAGGGUUGGAUGCGACCCCAGCCUAGCCAGGUGGCAUCUUCUAACCGCGAACCCCAGCAACGAACCGACCGCGGUGGCAGCCAAGCGCCAGUGCGGACAUUGGUGGUUCUGGAUGAGGAUGAGGUUCAGAGCCAAGUAAGGGUCCCAACACCGCAGCGUCUAGGGCCGCCGGUACCGGAAGCGGGCGAAUUCCAUGAUCUGAGGCAGCAGAUCCAGGAGAUGCAGAGCAAGAUAAACAGGGGACGAGUAUUCACUACCCGGACGAAUAAUCCCUUAGCCCCGGAAAUCUUUGCGGAACCAUACCCGCAGGGAUUCAAGAUGCCGUUCGUUAAGCGUUACGAUGGGGAAUCGGAUCCCCAGGAACACAUAAACAGCUAUGUCCAGGUGAUGAUUGCUGUUGAUGCCAGCGACGCAUUGAUGUGUUGGUGUUUUUUGCAGACAGUAGAUAGCAAGGUUGCGGAUUGGGUGAAACACAUUCCUGCCGGAUCAAUCCGGACAUGGGAUGAAUUGGGAUUGCAGUUCUUAGAGCAUUUUGCAGGGAACUGCCGUCCCAAGAAGCAUUUCACUCACCUGGCCUCGGUGCGUCAGAAGCACGGAGAAUCCUUGAAGAAUUUCCUUAUCCGGUGGAGAAAAGAGUCCAGGGAGGUUGAAGGAACAACCGAUGACAAAUCAAGGUUGGCCAUGUUCAGGGCGGCAUUACAAGAUGGUCUCCUUUAUACCAAUCUUACACCUCAUCCCCCGGAUACCUUUGAGGAAGCAAUGGUCUGGGCCGGGAGGUAUGUGACCCUGGAGAAGAGAAAGGAGGAGAAGAAAGAAAAGACUCCCAAAGAAGAAGAGAAGGCGGGAAAUAAGAACCCGUUCAAGAACAAGAAGCAGGGUUUCCCGAAUGGCCCAAAGGACACAAGCCUUGGGACCUCGGAAAAGCACAAAUCUGCCAAUCCAGUCUUCACGUUGCCGGUGGCUGAGGUCAUGGCUCAUGCUGCACAGCAGGGACUCAUGACUUAUCCAACUUAUUCUCAGAAGGUCUGUAAUGUGGAGGACACUGGAAAAUGGUGCGCUUACCAUCACAAGAAUGAUCACAACACAGAGGAUUGUUAUACCCUGAAGAAUGAGAUGGCGAGGCUAAUCCGUCGGGGCCAUCUGAAGAAGUUCAUACAAGAUGGUGAUGCGGGAAGUCCCGGGAAUGCUCAGAAUGGGAAGCGUAGAGAUAAGGAGAACAGGGCAGGAGGUUCUGGCAAAUCCAAGGCUAAAUCCCGGGCUCCAUCCACGACCUCUGAGGAACGCCUCUACUACGGCGAUGGGUCGUACCUCUGGUUCGAUUCCGAGGAGGAGCGCACCCGAUUUCUCACCUUUUUCUCCAAACGGGUUGUGGCUCCCCCACGAAUCAUCCCGGAGCGCUACCCGGAGUUGCAGGGCUACGACGACCUCGACGCGCAGCUCCAUCAUGCCGGUCUUUGGCCGUUCGUCUCCCGGGCGCACAAGAAGAUCAACCCGGCGCUGAUCCGGGCCUUCUACUCCAACCUCCGGCGUGAGGACGACGUUCUCUACUCGCUCGUCAAGAGCACGCCGAUCGAGCUCACAGUGGAGCAGCUUGGGCGCAUCGCCGGCCUCCCCUUCCAAGGCGACAAUGUGUCCCACUAUGGUGGAGAGGAUUGGGUGCUCAACAACGAGGGCCUUAUCCUCAACGAGCUUGGCAUCACCGAGCUCAAACGCCAUGCCUCGGGCCGCCCAACCAUCCACUCCGCAAACCCCGAAGGCCGCCUCGUCCUCUACAUCGUCUCCCGGAUCAUCAAACCGAGGAAGCACGGCCACACCAUCAUGCACGGUGAAGACCUCAAGCUCAUCCAUGCGAUCAUGCAUUCGGCCCCAAUCAAUUGGGCAAAGUUUGUCAUGAUCAACAUGACGAUUGCAGCGUCCACCGAGCACGACCACCUCCCCCCCUACCCGUUUUUAGUGAUGGACAUCCUUGAACGGUUCAAGGUAACCACCACCGUUGGCCCGCUAACGAAGGCCACGAAGAUUUGGACAAUCAACAACCAAACCUUCCUCAAGCGGUCAGACAACGCUGCGGCUGCCACUGCCGAGCCACGCCGCACUGCCCCUACCGCUGGCCCAGCCGAAACCCAGGCCCGGGCCAACCUUGCCUCCAUCGCCGACUCCCUCAACCAGCUCCACCUCAAAGUUGACGGGAUGGGUGGCUACCUUGAACGGCUCGACGUGGCUGUUCAACGCCAAGGAUACGCGAUGAACUCGUACUUCCAAGGCAUCAACUACGUCCCCCCACCGUACCACGGCACGUUCUUUGGGCAAGUGUACGGUGACGAAGACGAAGCCGAUGACUCCUACGCCCUGUCAAGCUCCCCGGAUGAAGACGAGUUCGACGAUGCCAUCGAUGGGGAUGAGAUGGACGUCGACGACGACGAGGAGGAAACCGAAGACGAAGACUAGGACUCCCCUAAAAUUUCUAUCUCUUUUACUUUAAUUAUCCUUUUUUUAAUGCUUCCGUUGUACUCCGCUAUUUCCCUUUAUUAAAUAAAAAUCAUUUCGUUUAUCUUUUUGUUAAUGUCAAAAGGGGGAAGAAAAGGGCUAUGCAUAU